AUGUGGCCGGCGGCGUUAGCUCUGUUUCUUCUCCAUGGUGACAGGUUAUCAUUAUUGAAUGGAGAUUUUCAUAUUGCAGAUAUAAUUCUUGAUUUAGCAAAUAAAACUAACGGUGUUAAGUUUUCAACUGGCGGAGUCAUUGGUGGCAGUGCUUUGAUCCAUGAGUUCUACUCUAGAGAAGUUAACAAUCCUAUUCAUUUGACUCUUGAUACUGAAUUUAGAACUGGUAAUGCUUCAAUUAAGGCUUUUGUCUCUGUUGGUCUGUCUCUUGGAGACCAACAACUUGCUGCACAAUUUCAAGAAAUUGCACUGGACCUAUGCAUGGUUGAGGCGGAACAGAUUGGGUUUGAUGUACUUAAGCCAAAAAUUGUUCACAAGCUUCCAAAUGAUCUCGAGGGAAUGGAAGCAACCACGGAACGGUUGCUUGCUCUAAUUGACGAUGUGUACAAAUAUGUGGAUAGUGUCGUGGAAGGAUGCCGCGCCCCUGAUAAUAAAAUUGGAAGAUUUUUAUCUGAUACGGUAGCAGCUCUUCCCAAACUAUCUCCAAAUGCUUUUGAUAAGCUAGUGAAUGACAGUCUGCAGGACCAACUUCUGUUGCUUUAUUUGUCUAGCAUUACGAGAACACAACUUAGCUUAGCAGAAAAGCUGAAUACUGCUGCCCAGAUCCUUUGAUGGAUAUUCAUUAUGUUUUUUGAGACACCAUGAGAGUAGCUCUGUUGAUGUAGUAGUUUUUUCCUUUCCAAGAUGUAUGACCUUUGUUUGUGCUGUGCUCUCUUUUACAAGGGAAAUUUUUGUGUAUGAUCUGGAUUUGAGCAUCUCUCUGCUAUAACUAAUCAU